UGACUUUUUUCCUCCCCACAAAGACUCACUUCCCUUCAGCUCCUCCAUUCUGCUCAUCUGAAGCUGGAGGACGUACGAAAACUGCAGCCGAGCAGCAUGGACGCCCUGAUUCUGCUUUUCUUUAUACCCGCGAGCUUCAGCUGUGUGUCCGGUUUCCUCGUCAUGUUGACCCCGAAGAGGUUGUGUCUGGUAACCCAAGGUCAGGUCGUCGUCCUGGGACGCUGUGAUGUCACUAACCCCGCCCAGCAGUGGGAGUGGCUGGGCGGAGGCAGGUUGGCCCACGCUCAGUCCUCCAGGUGUCUCUGGGCGGAUCCCAGCCCCCACCUGCCGCUCCACACCCGCCUCGCCAAAAUCAGCGCUUGCAGCAGAGCGCCGUCGUGGAGCUGCGACAAUGCAAAGGGAGCGUUUGGAUUGGCUGAGACACGCAUGUACCUGAAGAAACUGGGAUCACGGGUGGUAAUUGGAGGAAUCACGCAGACCUCAGAGUGGAGGAAGUAUGAUGUGGACUCAGGAGGACAUCAGCUGAUGACGUCAUUAUGUCCUGAAACAGACACAACUCCUCUCUCCACCUUCUCUUAUUCAUCCACACAUAAACCCCUGGGACUCUCCAGCACCGUCUACACCAUCAGAAGUCCUGCCAUGACUGUCACUGAUGAACAGUUAUCAAAUACAGUAAACACCCAACGAACCACCAGACAGAUCACCACCUCAGAGGUCCACAGUUCAAUAACUAAUGGAACUUCAGCGUACGUGAACGACAUCACCAAACCUCGAACCAGGAGGUCAGUACCAACACAUGUCGAUCCUGAUGUUUCAACAUCAGUCGCAGAGCUGUCAGCUUUAAAUGGCAGCCAUAUUAUCUCCUCGAGUCCAGCUGUGUUCACGACUGACCGAUUCACAGAUGUUUCUGAGAGUUCAUCAGCUAGAAAUUUCCCUCAGCUCAGGACUGAAGCCAAGACAACAACAGAACAACAAGACAUUUCCACCGCGUCAUCCUUCUUGAUUGGAAAUGAACCCGAGUUGACUGAAACUGCAGCUGUGACUCUGGUUUCCUCCACAGUUUCCUCAGAGCCGAACAAGAGCGACACAACAGAUCCUUCAGUCACCUCUGAGGUCACCUCUGAACUUACCUCUGAGGUCACAUCUGAGGGCACCUCUGAACUUACCUCUGAGGUCACAUCUGAGGUCACCUCUGAACUUACCUCUGAGGUCACAUCUGAACUUACCUCUGAGGUCACAUCUGAACUUACCUCUGAGGUCACAUCUGAGGUCACAUCUGAACUUACCUCUGAGGUCACCUCUGAUGGUUUAUCUGUUGUUUCUGAUACAGAAUCAAACCUACAUACAACUUAUACAACACAUUCAACUACUAACAAGACAAUAACACACAAUGAGACCUACCUUUCACCUACAUCCACCACAACUACUCCUGCUAUGACUGCUCAUGUACCUUCAACAGCAGGUAUGUCCACAUCAAUUCUGGAGACAGAUCGACCAUCAAUCCAUCAAGUUUCUACGAAUUCCCAAACUUCACCCACAGUUACCUCAUCACUGCUGACGGUCUCUACAGUUCAUCCAAAACUAUCAGCCAGCACCAUGAUGGAAGGUGCUCCGCAGACGUCUCCAAAAGACGGGGUGAUGCCCACAGGAGGGAUCACCACCUCAACUCCAACAGUCCCACCCACAAGUCCUACACCUACAAUCACACCCAAACCCAGGACCACCCCUGUAACCACACACAAACCCACGACCAUUCCUGUAGCCACACCCAAACCCAUGACCACUCCUGCAGCCACACCCACAUCCAUGGUCACUCCUGUAGCCACACCCAAAGCCAUGACCACUCCUGCAGCCACACCCACAUCCAUGGCCACUCCUGUAGCCACACCCAAACCCAUGACCACCCCUGUAACCACACCCAAACCCACGACCACUCCUAUAACCACACCCAAACCAACUACAACACCUACAACCACAGAAACUGUAACCACCACAGUCAUCUUAACCACCACCACUCCAAUCACCACCACAACACCUGAAGCUACAACCAGAACAACCACAGCUCCUCCCUCGACAGCUCCAUUAAAAACCACAACUGCAGAAUUAACCACCACUACACCUGUCCAGUCCCCCGAGGCUUCUCGCUGCUCCGCAAACUUCACAGAAAUCAGCUCCAGCUCAGAUUCUGUUGUCGUGAAGUUCACCACCGCCGGCCUCUCCUGUAACUUCACCCUGCUUACUGACUCCCGGCCUGAGUCCACUGACUGUGGCCUGUAUGGGGAGUCCAGGAGCACCUUCAUCUGUCGCGUCCUGGGUCUGGAACCCGGGACUUUCCACCAUUUAACUGUGAUUUCCAGGAAGGAUGGAGAGAGGAGCAAUGCGUCAGCGCUCACAGACCCGGUCGGUCCGGCCCUUCUGGAAGUAAAGCUGGACCAGGUUCAGGCUCAGUAUAGAAGCCAGUCUGUGGUCCAGAACGGGUCUUCAGGUCUGCGGGUGUCCUGGUCUCGUUCUGCUGGUCACGUGGACUGGUAUGAUCUGACUCUGGAGGACACCAGCUCCGGAUCCACCCGCAGUACCAGAAUCAUGGGCUCUGCGGCCCCCCAGUCUGGUUUCAGCUCCCUGGUCCCCGGUACUCUGUACAACGUCAGUGUGGUGGCGAUGGCCGGGAACAAGAGCGCUCCACCUGUGCACACCUCAGCAGCAACAGCGCCGUCGUCUGUCCGCGGCCUCCAGGUGGCGUCCUCGUCCUCAGACAGCCUCAGUGUUUCCUGGCGGGCCGGUCCGGGCAGAGCCGAGCGGUUCAGGGUUCUGCUGACAGAUCAGGACGGGGUUCCGCUGAAGAACGUCACUCUACAAAACACCGUCACCUCCGCUCGGCUGGACGGCCUGCAGCCCGGGACCCUGUACACCAUCACCGUGGUAACAGAGGCUGUCGGCCUACGGAGCUCCGCCUCCAAACAGGCUGUCACAGUCCCAGCAGCAGUGUCAGAUCUGAGGCUGGACAACAACGGCAGCUCAGACAGUCUGCAGGCCUCCUGGGUGUCACCUGAGGGGGGUGUGGACAUCUACCUGGUGACCCUGUCGGCUCUGGGAUCGACCCCCCAGGAGCGCCGCCUGCCUCCCAACAUCACCAAAGUGGUCUUUGAGGGUCUGACCCCCGGUCGCAGCUACCAGCUGUGUGUCAGGACCACCGCUGGAGGACAGAGCUCAGAGUCCAGGACCAGCGGGAGGACAGUCCCUGAGCGAGUGUCGGCUCUCUUCAUGACGCCUCUACUUGACGGCAGGACGCUGAGGGUCAGCUGGUCGCCCCCCAGAGGUCACUGGGAGAACUACAGCAUCCUGCUGAGGAACGGCUCGGUGGUCCUGGCGAACCACACCGUCAGUAAACCGAGCAGACAGCACACGUUCUCCGUCCUCAGCCUGGGUCUGGUGCCGGGACGACUCUACACGGCAGAGGUCACGGUUCACAGUGGCAUUCUGGGUAACACGGCGCGCUGCUACGGACGACUGGCCCCCCGUCCCGUGCAGCAGCUGGUCGUCCGUCACGCUGAUGAAACCACUCUGAGCGUCCUGUGGAAUCGACCGGUCGGCGAGUGGGACGGCUUCACUGUGGUCCUCAGGCCGGCGGACCCCGCCACCGCCGUAGCCCAGAGGAUCCUCUCCUGGGAGGCCAGAGAGUGCACCUUCAACAUCCUCACCCCAGGACGCCUGUACACUGUCACUGUGACGACCAACAGCGGCAACCUGACCAGCUCGGCCUCUGUGACCGCACAGACCAGUCCAGCUCAGGUCACCAGGCUGCAGGUCUCCAGCGGCGGCAGCACCGACAGCCUGCAGGCGCAGUGGGAACGAGCCUCCGGAGACCUGGACUCUUACCGCGUCCUGCUGGUCCACGACAGCAGCGUCAUCAAGAACGAGAGCGUGGAGGCCGACGCCACCAGCAUCAGCUUCCACGCUCUGAGACCCGGAGCUCUCUACAGGGUGGUGUUAACCACCGUCAGAGCCGGACAGACCUCCAGACAGACUGUCGAAGAGGGGCGCACCGUCCCGGCUGCAGUGGGUGAGGUAACUGUCAGUAACAACGGUCGGAUGGACUUCCUCAGCGUGUCGUGGCGUCCGGCUGCAGGCGAGGUGGACAGCUACCUGGUGACCCUGAGCGACCGCGACAAGACGCUGCACACCGUGUCCGUCUCUAAAUCCAGUCCAGAGUGUGUCUUUAACUCGCUGGUGUCAGGACGUCUCUACAACAUCUCCAUCACCUCCCGCAGCGGCAUCCACCAGAACCACAUCUUCGUCCAGGAGAGAACACAGCCGUCGAAGGUGCAGAACCCGACAGCGACUCACGCUGCUCGUGACGACUACCUGAAGGUGUACUGGCGCCACGCGGCCGGAGACUUCGAUUUUUACCAGGUGUUCAUCAAACACAACAACAUGUUCCUGCAGAACAAGACGGUUCUGAAGACGCAGAACGAGUGUGUGUUUAGCGGCCUGGUGCCCGGCAGACUCUACACGGUACUGGUCAGCACCUGGAGCGGGAAAUACGAAACCAGCGCCUCCACCCACGGCAGGACCUUCCCAGCAGCAGUCCGGUCCCUGGCCCUGGCUGGCCGGGGAACUGAGGACCUGCGGGUGACGUGGUCGGCCGCUCCCGGUGACGUGGAUCACUACGAGGUGCAGCUGCUGUUCAACGACAUGAAGGUGUUUCCUCCGAUCACUCUGGGCAGCGGCGUGGAGGAGUGUGUCCUGUCGUCGCUCACACCUGGACGGCUCUAUAAGAUCCUGGUCUCUACCUUCAGUGGCCCCAACCAGAGGGCCCAGUUCAUAGAGGGCCGGACAGUUCCCAGCAAAGUGAAGAACAUCCACGUCAGUAACAGCGGCGACAGCAGCAGUCUGAAGGUGAGCUGGACCCCCGGCCAGGGCGACGUGGACGGAUACUCUGUGUUUCUGUACAGACAGAGCAGACAGCUGGACGUCCGGCCCGUCCUCAAACACCACAACGAGGUGACGUUCGGCUCCCUGCAGCCCGGACAGAUGUACAGCGUGACGGUUCAGUCGGUCAGCGGCGAGCUGCUGAACAACAACACGGCCACUGGACGCACAGUGCCCUCAGCAGUGACGGGUCUCCAGGUGGAGGACCUCCACUCCACCUGCAGCCUGCAGGUGAGCUGGCAGGAUGCUCUGGGUGUGUCUGACGGAUACGUCCUGCAGCUUCUGGACGACAGAGGCGGCCUGGUGACAAACUCCUCUCAGCCCUCUGGACACACGAGGCACAGGUUCGACGGACUCACCCCGGGAAAGAAGUACCGAGUCCUGGUCCAGACCACCAGCGGGGGAGUCCACAGCCUGGGGGUCAGCGCCGAGGCUCGGACACGUCCUGCAGCCGUCACUGAUCUGUCCAUUCAAGCCAACGGCACCAGCAGUCUGUCCUUCCGCUGGUCUCCACCAGAGGGAGAGUUUGACGUUUACGAGAUCUUCUUGUAUAAAAGUGACGACUCGCUGCAGGAGAGACGACGAGGCCAGUCCAGCAGUCAGCAGUGUUCCUUCCAGGGUCUCAGACCCGGAGCUGCAUAUAGGAUGGUGGUAGCGACCCACAGUGGGGACCAGAGCAACCAAUCGUCUAUCUGGGCCAGGACAGUCCCAGCAGCUGUGGCGUCUCUGAAGGCUCACAGUGGAAACCAGUCUGAUGCUCUGUGGGUGAACUGGGAUCGGGGUGGUGGUGAUCUGAGCGGGUUCCUGCUGACUCUCUACAACCCCGACGGCUCUCAGCGGGCUGAGCAGCAGCUGGGGUCGGAGGUCACCGAGUUCGUCUUCUCGGGCCUGGUUCCGGGUCGACUGUACCGAGCUGAGGUGCUGAGUCUGAGUGGAGAGCUGAGCAACAGAGCCAGCACAGUGGGCAGGACAGCUCCCAGACCUGCGACCUCCUUCCUGUUCGGGGGAGUCACCAACACCUCCCUGGAGAUCACCUGGAGCGGCCCCGUCGACUCCGACUACGACGACUUCGACCUGCAGUGGACUCCUCGAGACCGGCUGUCCGUCAUCAACCCGUACCACAGCCGCACCUCCGGCAGCCGCAUCCUGAGGGGGAUGUUCCCCGGGCGACUCUACACCUUCAGCCUCCGCACCGUCAGCGGAGCCACGGGGCCCGGGGCCACCUUCAGCACCCCCAUCCACAACAGCAUCCGAACCAAGCCGGAGCCAGUCCACAGCCUCCACUGUCGCCCCCAGAGCUCCACCUCCAUCUCCUGCUCCUGGGGCCCCCCGGAGGCCGACUAUGACUCCUACACGAUCGAGUGUCUCCACCAGGACUCCCGGAUCCUGGUCUACUCCAGACGCACCGGCCGAGACUCCACCGUCUACCUCAUCACCCAGCUGGAGCCCCACAAACGCUACACCGUCUCCGUGAAGGUCAUCUCGGACCGGAUGACCAGCGAGGAGGCUCAGGACAGCGUGAUCACCAUGAUCGACCGUCCUCCAGUGCCCCCCCUCACUACCCGGGUUAGUGACAGGUCCGCUGUGGUCACCAAGUCCUCCAUCUUCUUCAAGUUUAACUGCAGCUGGUUCAGUGACGUCAAUGGAGCCAUCCGGUUCUUCACUGUGGUGGUGACGGAGUCUGAAGGUUCUGACGACGUUCAGCCGGAGCAGCGGGACCCUCUGCCCUCCUACGCGGACUACAAAUCCAACAGCUCCAUUAAGUCCUACCAGACCAGCUACUUCCCCAGCCACUGCACCGAGGGUCCCGACAGCAGCUCCCACAGCUUUGAGAUGAGCGUGGGGACGGGGAUGGACUCGCUGGGAGGCUCCUGUGACCGCAGAGACUCAGACCUGGAUCCAGAGACCAGCGGCAGAGACCUGAACCUAUUCUGUGACGGACCACUGAAACCUAAAACUGCCUACAGGCUCAGUGUCCGAGCUUUCACUCAGCUGUUUGAUGAAGAGAAAAACGACUUGACCGUCAGCUCGCCUCUGUUCAGCGACACGUAUCUGUCGCUGCCUGUGGUCACCGAGGCUGAGCCUCUGAGCGGCGUCAUCGAAGGCAUCAGCGCCGGCAUGUUCCUCAUCGUCGUGAUGGUGGGAGUGACCGCUCUGCUCGUCUGCAGACAAAAGGCUCGCAAAGUUGUUGAAGAGAGAGCCACAGUCAGGAUGAGUGUGAGGAGAGAGAGGCCGACAUCAGGACUUCACCUGGGAGGCAGAGGCAACCGUCGGAUCUCAAGUCCCAUCAAGAUCCUGAACUUUGAAUGUCACUACAACCAACUGCAGGCUGACUCCAACUACCUGCUGUCAGAGGAGUACGAGGACCUGAAGGACGUCGGUCGUAAUCAGCCUCUGGACUCGGCUCUGCUGCCAGAGAACCGCGGCAAGAACCGAUACAACAACAUCCUGCCCUACGACUCGACGAGGGUGAAGCUGUCCUACGUGGACGAUGAUCCGUGCUCCGACUACAUCAACGCCAGCUACAUCCCCGGGAAUAACUUCCGCCGGGAGUACAUCGCCACGCAGGGUCCACUGCCGGGAACUAAAGAUGACUUCUGGAAGAUGGUUUGGGAGCAGAACGUCCACAACAUCGUGAUGGUCACUCAGUGUGUGGAGAAAGGCAGAGUGAAGUGUGACCACUACUGGCCCUUCGAUCAGGAUCCUCUGUACUACGGAGACCUGAUCGUCCAGAUGUUGUCGGAGUCAGUUCUGCCUGAGUGGACCAUACGAGAGUUCAACAUCUGCAGCGAGGAGCAGCUGAGCUUCACUCGACUGGUUCGUCAGUUUCACUACACGGUGUGGCCGGAUCACGGAGUCCCGGAGACCACUCAGUCCCUCAUCCAGUUUGUCCGGACCGUCCGGGACUACGUCAACAGGAGUCCUGGAUCUGGACCCACCGUGGUCCACUGCAGUGCUGGAGUGGGCCGUACAGGGACCUUCAUUGUUCUGGAUCGAGUGCUGCAGCAGCUGGACACCAAGGACACGCUGGAUAUCUAUGGCUCCGUCUUUGACCUGCGACUCCACCGAUCACACAUGGUGCAGACUGAGUGUCAGUAUGCGUACCUCCAUCAGUGUGUUCGGGAUGUUUUGAGAGCCAGGAAGCUCCGCAGUGAACAGGAGUACCUCCUCUGUCCCGUCUACGAAAAUGUGAACUACACCUGCCAAAGACAGACGCUGUGCACCAGACGAUAAAGAUUGUAUUGACCACUGAGCCAUAUGUUGAGCACUACAGGGAAACAGGGCAAUUAUAUUUCUAUACUAAUGUUUAUGUUUUAAACAUCAGCUGUUUCCAAACAAAGAAAACUUUAUGAUUAUUUAUGUAAGAUACUGGAUUAAUGUACAUAUACUUCAUUCUAUGUGUUUAUAUUUAAUAUUUCUAACAGCUGCUUUUUAAAUUAUGUCUUUGUGUUUUAUAGUAUAUGCAAAGUCUAUCACAUGCUUCUCUAAACACUGUAUGAUGAUGAGGAUGAUGAUGAUGAUGAUGACAUGUUGUCAACACACAGCUGAGUAGCAGCUUCAUCAGCAGUGAUUCGUUAUGAAUGGAUGGAUUACUGAGUCAGGGGCCCCAGAGCCAGACGCUUGUUAUGAAGGGACACUUAUUGGCCGUUUGCUUAAUAAUCAGUAUACAAACAUUUAAUAAAUUAGAACAUUUACAGUGUAUGCAGCUAUCAGAACACUUUCAAAUGUUUAUUAAUGUACCGUAAAAUUGACUAAUACUGUAUGAUAAUAUAGCUAGUGAUACUAUAGUACAGCUAGUAUGGUGUCUGCAGGUUUCUACCAAGGCGAUGCCCUGAGUAGUGUCUUCAGGCUUUGUCUCAGGAGUGUUCCUGAGUAGUGUUUUCAGGCUUCCAACCAAGGCCACCCUGCUUCGAGGUUUACUCAUUAUGAUGCCCUGAGUAUCAGAAAUAACCCCUGAGUAGUGUCUGCAGGCUUUAUCUCAGACCGAAGCCCUGGGCCAUGUGGCAGGCUUAUUUUGAGGCUGCAUACAGCAACAACAACCAUCCAGCAAUAAGACAAGGUGGAAUUUACUUAGUGUAAGCUGAAAGCAAAAAGAAGGACAAGAAGUCCUCCAAACCCUCUCUGCUGCCCAUUAAGCUUACUGUUGUGAGCACACUGUCACAACUGAAGGAGACUGAUGAGCUCAUCAGCAUUUUAUCAAGGCUUCUGUUCUCAUAUGUAGAUGUUAGCAGCUGGACAGUCAGAAGACUCUGUUUAAAGAGGUUUUAAUGAGUAAACGAGCCUGAAACUAGGUGAGUGGGGCAAAAAAUGUGAGUUUGAAAAUUGAGUUCCAUGUAGAAAUUACACAUUACAGUGUGGUCAACCUGCAAAUUGUUACUGCAAAGUGAAGCAAACAGAUCCAGAGUAAAGUAGUAUCUGUUAUUUAUGUGCAUGUUCUCUCACAACACAGUCAGAUCCUAAUGUUUCACAACAGAUAAAAGGGAUAAAGCCCCUGAAAACGUAGUUUCAAAUCUUGAAUAUUUGUCCAAAACAGUAAAUAUUCAUGAUGAUAUACAAUGAGCAAGAAUCGCAGCUCAAGUUUGGAUCAUCUGUAGGUUUUAUUUAUUCAGAGUUCAACACUUCAACACUGUGUUUUGAUCAGGUUUGACUGACAAAACAAGGUCAAACAGGACAAACUAAAAAUGUUCAUGUAGAACUCUGUCACUCGUAAUAAGAAUAUGUUUUCGUUAACGGUCAUGAAGGUGCAUUCAUGUUGUAGUGCUGUGCAGCCAUGGCAGGUUCUUGUAUCAGUGAAAUCAUAAAUGUAUGACAGAUAUCAUGUUAAAUGCGUGCUCUGUAUUUUUUUACCACAACAUUAACUGUACUUUAUUUUGUAAGAACAUAGUGUAUGUGAGAGCAGUUAAUUAAACACCAGAGAAGAUGUAGAAAUGUGUGAUUAUUCAUCCAUUAUCGAUGCUUACCUGCUCCAACACGACUGUAAACUCACAGUGAAGGAAUGUUUCAUUACAAACAGACUCACGUCGCUGUGUAGCAGUUUAUUCUCUGGUUUGAUAUAAAUUACACUGUGUAUGGGACAUGCGAUGACGCAUAUUUGUGGGUGUUUGAAUAAAACAAGUAAUUAUGUA